AUGGCUUCAUCAGCGGCAGAGGCGGGCGGAGAAGACAGCGAUGAAAACAUUGCGAAUCUAUCAAUCCGCGAGAUAUGUCGUCGCUUCCAGGGAGAACGUCUCAUUGUGCAGCCGCUGGCAUGGACUACGCGGCACCUUCAACUCCUCCGCUGCACCAUCAACGAGUUGCCCGAGUCAUCAAGUAAUGCAUCUCAGCUGCAACCCAUGCCCAACACGCCGCAGCCAUCCCCCGAUAUCGCGACAAAUUGGGCAAGAAUGGUGGUCACGCGCUAUCCAGAUGAGGUUGCUAGUGCCGUGGGCUCUCUCUUGGAGUUCUACUCAUUUACCAUGCUCUCUGAUCCCCUCAUGUUCUGCAACGAAAAGCACAAGAUUCAUCAUCCGUGCGACAUAUAUACCGGCAUUUCUCCAUGCUCAAACGGUCCGCAACUGUCAUCCGUUGCUUAUGUUGAUGAACUCAAUAUUUAUCAUCUACGCUGCGCUGUUUUAACGCGCCGAAUGCUCUGGGGACUUCCACAGCAUGAAAAUAAAAAAGCGGCCUUCACAGAUCCAUACACUGCCGCUCUUCUCAUUGCCCAAGCCCAACGACUUCGCAAGGAAAAUGCACUUUCUACCCGAACUCAAGACCCUGGAGGGAGUUCUUGCAAGUCACACUCGCCUUACAAGGUUCAAUUGAUGAAGUCAGUUCACAUGGGCGUCAGGAGGAAUCAACUGUGGUUGUACACGGCGUUCGUCACGGACGCUUUCUUGGACAAGCUUGCCUACCAAAGCUGCACUGCGAAGCGCUGA